UCUGCUGAUAAGGCGCGAGUGGCGACUGCAUUGCCGCUAGUCGGGAGACCAACGAAGAUGCCUGCCAGAGGAGCCGCGACGGCGGUGGAGAGUGCCCGCGAUUACGCCGCGGUCUUUUUCCGAUCUCUGGUGUCUGUGGGAGCCUCGCUAGGCUCAGUAACAAGACAGGCCCUGCUUGCUCCUUUUCCAGCUGCAGCACGGCCCUUUCGUGUUUGUAGCCAUGACAGAAGCAGUCGGAGAGGAGUUGUUGCAAGCAGCCUACAGGAGCUUAUUAGCAAGACCUUAGAUGCCUUAAUGAUUACUGCUGGGCUGAUAACACUAGUUCUGGAGGAAGAUGGUACAGUGGUGGAUACAGAAGACUUCUUCCAAUCCCUGCGAGACAACACACACUUCAUGCUUCUAGAGAAAGGACAGAAAUGGAAGCCAGGACCAAACCACGGUAUUGCAAAAGUACAGCAGCCAAAGAAAACGGGGGUGGCAAAUAUCACCUUGGAUUUGUACAAGGUGAAUCCUAAAGACUUCAUUGGAUGUCUAAAUAUCAAAGCUACUUUUUAUGAAAUCUAUUCUGUGUCCUAUGAUAUCAAAUGCAUGGGAGCAAAGACUGUACUGAGGAGGAUGCUUCGAUUUCUGUCACAUAUUGCACAAGUAACGGGACAACUCCUUCUCUACACUGGAACAUACACGCUACAGUUAAUGGGCGACUAUGAAGAAGACCUGCUUACUGAUGCAAAGCACUAACUAAAACGAUCACAAGAGCCUUUUAGUAUUGGUUCUCCAGCUGACACUUAAGCAUUUUUAAACUUACAUAUAUAUAUAUAUUUAUAGCUUAACACAUUAAAUGUCUCAAGUUGAACUUGGCACACAAAUAAUCAAAAAGGUAAACUAGCUUUUUCAUGUUCAGGUUUUUCAUUAAGAUAAUGACAUCAUAACUAUAAAUAUGAUUGGAAUCUUUUCAAUGCAGUGAAAGAAAGUGUUGCAGAUGAAUUCUUGUGCCAUAAACGUCUACAAUGGAGAGCUGUAUGGAUGACAAGCAGACAUUUAUUCACUCUUAUAAACUGAGGUGUUUCUCCAUUGAUUACCAUGUAAUCAUCCAUGCAGCAAAUUCUGAUUGGAGUUGGUUAUUUUUUCUGCAGAAGCUUAAUGCUAAACAACUAACAUAUGUUUCUCUUGUAAAUAAAUGUCCAAGUUUCAGUAUUAAAAAAUAAAGUGUUGUGCCAUCCCUUGA